AUGACGAGCAAGGAUCAGCAAGGAUCAGGGGACGAGCAAGGAUCAGCGGACGAGCAAGGAUCAGCAAGGAUAAGCAAGGAUCAGCAAGGAUCAGGGGAUAGUGAUUCAGAACCCCCCAAAUCAUACUACUUGUGUUAUCAACUCAUAUUAAAUAGAGCGUCGAUCGAUUUAAAUGCAAUCAAACAGUAUAAAAAUAAUGAAGUUGUGGCAGACGCUCCUAAACUAAAAGACGUUAAAAUAAACAUAACAAAAAUAUUGUGGCGGAUGCCCAUACUGAGAGUUAGCGAUAGAGAAAAAAUUCGAUUGUUGAAAGAAGUCAACAGUCAAAAACCCCUGACAUGUGCAUUUAGAUCGUGGGAACUGUGUGAACAUCCAUUUUUACCACAAAACACUUCGCAUUUGUGGAAAGAAAAGACAUCGAACAAAUUAGAAAAACCUAGAUAUGUUAUUAUCGGAUUUCAAACUGAUAGGAAAAAUAGUUCGAGUAAAUCAAUGUCAUAUUUCGAUCAUUGUAAAAUUAAAAACUUUAAAAAGGUUUAUUUAAACUCUGAAGUAUUUCCCUACGAAGAUUUUCAAAACGACUUUACCAAAAAUAAGAUGGCGACAUUAUAUCGCGCGUAUGCAGAGUUCCAAAAAUCUUACUACGGUCAUGAUGAUGUGACACCUCUAUUGAACCGUUCAGAUUUCAAAAAUCUGUCUCCAAUCAUAGUCGUUGACAUGAGCCGACAAAACGACAAUGUGAAAAUGUCAACUGUCGACCUCAGGAUUGAAAUAGAAGCCGACGUAGCGUUUCCAGCUUCAACUUCAGCAUAUUGUUUAAUAUUACAUGACCAAAUUAUAACUUAUAAUCCAUUUAAUGGAGAA